AAUGGGCUUUUUCGGCCAGAACCGCCAUCUUCCAGUAAUUCGCCAAAAUGACCAACACAAAGGGAAAGAGGAGGGGCACCCGCUACAUGUUCUCUAGGCCUUUUAGAAAACAUGGAGUUGUUCCUUUGGCCACAUACAUGCGAAUCUACAAGAAAGGUGAUAUUGUAGAUAUCAAGGGAAUGGGCACUGUUCAAAAAGGAAUGCCCCACAAAUGUUACCAUGGCAAAACUGGGAGAGUCUACAGUGUUACCCAGCAUGCUGUUGGCAUCAUUGCAAACAAACAAGUUAAGGGCAAGAUUCUUGCCAAGAGAAUUAAUGUGCGUAUCGAGCAUAUUAAGCACUCUAAGAGCCAACAUAGCUUCCUGAAACGGGUGAAGGAAAAUGAUCAGAGAAAGAAGGAAGCCAAAGAGAAAGGUACUUGGGUUCAACUGAAGCGCCAGCCUGCUCCACCCAGAGAAGCACACUUCGUGAGAACCAAUGGAAAGGAGCCUGAACUGUUGGAGCCCAUUCCCUAUGAAUUCAUGGCAUGAUGGGUGUAAAGAAAAUAAAAGACAUGGAUUGUAUAAAUGUUUCUCU